UCGAUCACCACGGUCACAAACCCAGAUGGCGCCAACAGAACAGACGCCCCUGCUACGGGAGCAAGAUGUACCAGUGGCAACCACGGAAGCUGAAGCGCCUCAACCGCGAGGGACAUUCGCCCGCCGUUUAGGCGCCCUCGAUGGCUUCGCGCUCCUCAUCAGCAUCGUGAUCGGCUCAGGCGUCUUUUCUUCUCCCGGUCCUGUCGAUGCUAAUGUCCCUUCUCCGGGAGCUGCGCUCCUCGUCUGGCUUCUGGGCGGCGUUCUUGCAUGGACUGGUGCGCUCACCAUGGCCGAACUAGGUACCGCUUUCCCAGGAGAAGGUGGGAUCCAGCCAUACCUUUCGUACAUCUACGGCGAGGUCUUUGGCUUCAUGGCAGCGUGGAGUUGGAUCGUUGCGACCAUGCCUGCGACCCUUGCCAUCCUCAGCAUCGUUUUCGUCGAAAGCAUUUAUUCAAGCUUCGGUGUCAAUGAGCCGCAGCCACCCAUGACACAUAAGCUGCUAUCCCUACUAGUGUUGGUGGUCGUAACUACGGCAAAUUCGAUAAGCACCCAAACAAGUACGCGUUUGAGUAGCUUUUUCGUGGCAAUCAAGCUCCUCACGAUUUUCUUGCUCAUCGUUGCGGGCUUGACGGUUGUAUCCAUGUUCGUAGGUGGACACAAAGAUCUCGGUGGGGGCGACUGGCAUGAGAAGGGAUGGUUCGAACCAAGGAGUACAGUCAACCCUGAUGGAAGCCUGUUCGAUUGGAGGGGCGUGAGCGCGUGGCAGAGUCUGGGAUUCUACAGUACCGCGUUAUACGGUGCUUUGUGGGCAUACUCAGGUUGGGACAAGGCAAACUACGUCGCCGCUGAGCUGCGAAACCCGAGAAAGCAACUUCCACUGUCUAUCAACACGGCCAUCCCGACUAUCAUCGUUUGUUACGUCGCUGCCAACGCAGUUUACUACGUUCUGUUGCCCUGGAAAGAAGUCUCUGCGACCGAUGCUGCAGCUGUUACCGCUGUGACUCAUUUUCUCGGCAAAGGCGUAGCCUACUUCGCGACUGUGCUCAUCUGCCUCGUCAUCGUUGGGUCAGCUCUAGGUAACUCGUUCGUGGCCGGCCGCAUGACAGUUGCAGCGUCGAACAAAGAUUGGAUUCCAAAAUUUCUUGGCACUGUAGGCCACAUCGGAACGUUCAGAGUUUCAAAGUCAAGCACAGAAGGCGAACAGCAUACAGACGAAGCCAUGGACCAAGGCGAAUCUCCCAUCAACGCCCUGGUCCUCAAUUUCGUACUCUCGGCCAUCUAUAUCCUUCUCGGAAAUAUGCGAAUCCUUCUGACACUGAAUGGACUGGCUGAGUACGCCUUCUUCUUUCUGACGGUGCUCGGCGCGAUCAUAUUGCGAUUCAGAGAGCCCGAGAUGGAGCGUCCGGUCAAGCCGUUGAUCUUGAUCCCAAUUCUUUUCGCAGUCAUCAGCGGGUUUGUGGUCGUACGAGGAGCCGUGUUUGCACCAGUGCAGGCUGGUGUCCUGCUCGCAAUCUGGGCGCUUGGGGUGGUACUGUACUAUGUACGGAAGAACGCAUUCAGCAGGGGCUUGGUGAUCUGAGCGCGUGCUUAAAGGGUCUGGCAUGUUCACAGUCUUCGCCGCGGCUAUCCGCAGCUCCUGCAGUCUGGCAUGUGCGCAUCGAAACGCGCGCCGAACGUCAUGGGGCGAAGCGUGCAGUGAUUUUCAUAGUUCCAUUCUCAACCACAAGCUUAAAUCGCGG